AUGCAAAUUUCAUCUCUGGACUAUGUGCUCAUCAUCGCUGCAAGCGCCCAGCUGAUGCAGCAGGCAUCUGCCAAAAGUACGCAUGGCACGGGUAAGAAGAAGCACACUAAACCAGUUGCAAAGGAACCAGUAUAUACAAGUCGAACAAAGGAACCAGUAUAUACAAGUCGAGAUUUGCCAGCUAUCACGCCUACUUCCUUGUAUUGGUACCUCUCUGUCAUGAAAGACGAUGGCAACAUCACCUACGUCAAGCAGAAACUGGCCAACCAGAAUGAUUGCGGCCAGGUCAGCGAAUGCUACUGGGGUCUUCAGAACAAGACUAUUACGUAUCAUCCCAAGACCAUCGUCUCUUACUCAUACAACAUGACUGGACACUCGGAUACGCCUGGUCUUUUUUACUGCGAGUGGGUGGAUCCUGAUAAUCACGAUAACACGGGAGAAUGGAUACGUGCUCGCCCCUACCCAAUGUUCCACCAGUGCUCACCUUAUGCAAGCACCACGCUAGAGAAGGGUGAAGAUGGUAAGGAGAAGAACGUGACGAGAAUUAUUCCAAAUUGCGCCACUCCCUACUAG